AUGCAUUAAAUUUAGUCCCAAAGGCCAAAUGGCGUCGUUUAAUGGGGCUAUAUAUAUUAAGGUUACAUCCCCCCGCGCUCGACCAUCUCUUCUCUACCUCUCGAGUCUCUGAGUCCCCGCAGCCGUCUCUCACGCCGUCAACGGCCCCUCGCCGUCGACACUGUUAGUCCGUUCUGUUCUCCUCCACUUCCAGUUGUUCCCGAGGCUACAGAAUCACAGAUAUUGUUUUCCCCUCUCUCGGCGAGCUAAUCGUUUGGGGUUUUUUUUUGAGUUGGAGAUUGAGGGAAUGGAUUCUGACAAUGAACUAGGUUACAAACCUCCUCCAGAGUUUCAAGUGGAGGCUGCCAAGGAACCACUUAUCGACCCUAGUUCGACGGACUCCAAAGAACUUUGGCUCAUUCAGUGGCCUAAUAGUAAAGAACUUCCUGGAUUGGAUGGGCAAGAACUGUCACUCAAACUUCAUCAUGAUGGAAAGUUGGGCAGUUUUGAGGAUUCAUCUGGAAAAGUUUUUGAUCUUGUCAGCUUUGCGGCUCAAGAGUCAAAUGCAACAGUUUUUCUUUCCUCUGAAUCAGAGUCAAAAAUUGUUGGGAAGAUUUCACGGCUGGUUUCCCUUGUCCAUUAUCCAGAUCCUAAUGAAAGUCAAAAACCCAUUUCCAGUAACUUGAGACAUUUUCAGAAAUCUAGGGGAAUUUCACUGACAAAUUCAUCCCGUCAAUUUUCUACACAAAGUACCCUGCUUAGAAACUCACAAUCGACAAGUGGAUAUUCGGGUUCCACACACAAUAGCAGACGGAGAAGUUGCUUAUCUGAAGAAGGGGAGCCAUCAAAGCCUCUUAAAAGAAGACGUGCGCGUGAUUCUACUGGGUCUGCAGAGCGUUCUACUCGAGACUCAGAGCGAGGUCAUAGUGCAGUUACUUCAUAAGGGUCCUGUUUAAAAUAAAUGAAAGAAGAUAGUCGGAAAUGAAGAGCAAGGUGCCCUCCUUGUCGCCUUCAUUAAUGAUUUAUCUUCAAAUAUGCAAAAUGAGUUUUCGUUUUUUGGCAAGUGAACGUGCUAAUAAAUCAUCAAUGCCUCACUGGCAUUCAUGAUUUACAAAUUUUCUAGUUCAUUUUGUAGUCUUGGAAUGGGAGUUCCGGAAUCAUUGAGAAAAUUGCAGAGAGAGCUGAUGAAAGAAAAACUAGAUAUUUUCUGCCGUUUGAUUUUUGGCUCAUGUUAUGCACUGGAACUAUAAUUUGACAUU